AUGCCGCAGGCUUUUCCGGGUCGACAAUGGACUGCCCCCAAGGAAGCACCUGGGGAGAACUUGGAGAACACCUGGAGGAAGCUUCAGGCUGUGCCGCAAAAAGCCAUUACUGUGCCAACUCAAAACGUGGUGGUCUGGAGCCAGCAGAAGGUGUCACGCCCUCAAAGUGCCCCUUCCAGGCGCGAGGAGCAGUCCGAACUGGCCAAAAUCCCAUCGACCAGCAAAAGGAGGCCCACCACUUCAGAUCGCUUCCGUGGUGCUAAGUGCCCAGUGGAACGAAUGGAGCGACCAGGUUUGCAACGUAGCGGAACACGGAACAGCCUGCUCUCUGAGGAGACAUACCAUGGAACCAUUGACCUCACAGGUCCCGGCUCGUCCACAGCGGCUUCCCGGGGAUCCGUGGAAUUUCAGCCCGAAGGUGAGCAGUUCGCCAUUGAGCAUCCGCAGCAAUCCAGGUGUGGCUUUGGAGGAAUGUGCAAUCACGACGCGGUGCAACCACUGGCCGCAAUCGCCGACUCCUACGCAGCAGCUAGAUGGCAAGUGCACCGCUGCCACACGGAGAUUUUUGCCUACAGCAAGCAAGCCUGCACCAAUGCCUCGACCUCCCGAAUAGUGCUCACUCAGCUGAACGAGGGGUGCACAUGGUACCGGUCUCAUGGAGAGGCGCGGGAACGCCGCAUCAUCCGAAAUGCUGUGCGCCACCCACAGCGAUUCGCAGCUGACACAUCAGUCUGGGCUGCGAAACGGGAUGCUCAGAGGGUGAAAAUGUUCAGCCACCAGACACGAGAGUCCCUGGGGCAGCUGCAGGAAACCAUCCAGUCGGUCCAGCCGGUGGCAGGAGACAGAAGUGAAGAAAUCAAGAAGGCUGUGCGGGAAGAGGUCAUGAUGGAGGUGAUGAGCCAGGUGAAGAAGCUACACGAAGAAGCUUUCAAAGGAGGUGGGAAAGGAGAAGCAUCUUCUUCAUGGAAAGGAAAGGAAAUCAGGAAAGAAGAAGUGAAGGAUGAAGAAGUGCAAAAGGCGGGUUGGGUCUUCGUGUCAGCAUGCGCUGGACAAGUGGAGAUGACCAAUGAGCAGAUGGAUAAGAAGGCCAAGAAGGAGGCCAAGGAAAAAAAGUACCAGAAGGGCGAGAAAACCAAGGACCGAAGGAAGGAGAAAACUCACAGUCCAAAAGGUGAGAAAGCCAAGGAGCGCAAGAAUGAGAAGGCCAAGAAGGAUCCCGAGAAUGAGAAGGCUGAGAAGGAUGACAAGAAGAGAGGAGACGAUCGUGCGGACCAGAAGGCCAGCAGCGGGGAUGGUGGGGCCAAACAACAGAAGAUCGAGCGCGCGCGCAAGCUGGUGACGAAAUAG